UCAGGACGAACGCUUCAAGUUCUGCUUCAAGUACUGAAAAGAGCGGUGUUGACGUGCAAGAAGAAAAAUCUGAAAUAUAUAGCAAUGAUAUGACAGAAGCAAUGGGUGCAGUGUUGACAUAUAGGCAUGAACUUGGAAUGAACUACAAUUUUAUUCUUCCAGAUUUGAUUGUCGGCUCCUGCCUCCAGACUCCAUCUGAUGUUGACAAGCUUCGCAAAAUUGGAGUGAAGACCAUAUUCUGUUUGCAACAAGACUCAGACCUUGAAUAUUUUGGGGUUGAUAUCAGUUCCAUUCAAGAAUAUGCUAAGAAGUGUGAGGAUAUCGAGCACAUUCGUGCUGAAAUCAGGGAUUUUGAUGCAUUUGAUUUAAGGAUGAGGCUUCCAGCUGUUGUGAGCAAAUUACAUAAGGCCGUUAAUCAAAAUGGUGGAGUUACUUACAUCCAUUGCACUGCAGGACUUGGAAGAGCUCCUGCUACAGCGUUGGCAUACAUGUUUUGGAUUCAAGGUUAUAAACUUAACGAAGGACACAAGUUCCUACAGAGCAAGCGACCAUCCUUUCCAAAAUUGGAAGCCAUAAAGAAUGCGACUGCUGAUAUUCUGACUGACAGGUUUGCAUCUUCUUUCCAGCUCACAGGCCUAUCGAAGAACCGUGUCAGGUUGAUGUGGGAAGGUAAUAAUUGCUCGUUGGUGGAAGUCUCUGGACUUGAUAUUGGAUGGGGGCAGAGAAUUCCUCUUAUAUUUGAUGAAGAAAAGAGAUCGUGGAUUCUUGAGAGAGACUUACCUGAGGGGCGCUAUGAGUACAAGUAUAUAAUCGAUGGUGAAUGGACAUGCAACAAAGAUGAGUUGAUCACAAGCCCAAACAACGAUGGUCAUGUAAACAACUAUGUCCAGGUACAUGGCAACAAUUCUGAGGAUGAGACUAAAGAACUGCGAGAGCGAUUGACUGGUGAAGGAGAAGUUGAUCUCUCAAAGGAAGAGAGGGAAAAAAUUAGACAAUUUUUGGAUGCCUAUAACGAGUAAAAAGUAAGGCAUAACUGAAACAUUUAGGAGGUGAUGGCGCUGAACAGCCGAAAGGGAAGCAGUUAAGGUAACAUAUACAUCAUUGAUACACGUUCAGUAUCGGUGUAGCUACGCAAUGUAAUGCUGAGAAUGGCCUCAAGCAGCUGUACAUGGUGGAUAUAUUGUAUUCUAAAACAACACGAUUCAAUAAUAUGGAACUGUCUUUAAUUACCCUUAGGACGGGAUUAUUAUACAUCAUAGUUUCUGCAAUACAGCCUACAGUAUUGUACUGUUAUCGGAAAAAGAAUACUGUAUUCGGUUGAGAACUGAACAAUCUAUUAGAGCCAAAUACAGUUGUUGAUACUUUUAUAAUGGAACCUUAUAUUGGUUCAAUUUAUCAAAGCUAA